AUGUUUCCUUCGGCGAACUAUUUUCGUGAUAUCCCAUGUCCAUUCUUUUCUCGUGCUGCAUGCCCAAGACCUCAUUGUCACUUUAAGCAUGUUCAAACUGCAACACAAUCGAAUUUAACUUCUAAUAUUUCAAGUUCAGCAUCAUCGAUUAACAUUCCACCAGAUGCCAAUGAAACGCUUAACAAACUUAUUGCUCAAUUGUCGACGGCUGCUGCUGCUAAUUCAACACCAGCAACAACGAACUCUACAUCUGCAAUUGAUCUAACAGCGAUCUUUCAAAAUACACUUUUACAGAGUUUAACCACAGCUUUAACGAAUGCAAUUAAUUCAACGGCACUACCGCCAACAACAACUAACAAUGAUAUCUCAGAAAAAGUCAUACAAGCAAAAAGUACUGUUGCAACACAAUUGAAUCAGCAUCAAAGUCAGUCGGACACGAUACCUGAGUAUCGUCCAACACCACUCGCAGAACUUGAACGACGCAAGCGAGUUCAUCAGCAAACAUUGCAAAAACCCGUGAAAAAUGAUACGAGUAGCUUCGAUACAGAUAUCUACGGUCAAGCAACAUUUUCUCCUCCAUCUCUCACAUCAUCUGAGUCAGUAGAAGAAAUUAAACAAAAAGUUUCGACGAAUGCUCAAUCAAAUGCGACAAAUAGCAUUUCAAAACAAUCGUCAUUCGCAGACGAUAAACAUUCAUGGGUAACACCACCCAUUCGUCGAAAACUUUCUUCUUCAUCGGAUCAUAAUGAUCUCGAUGAACGAAAACCACAAUUAGCGAAGAAACUAGCUACUUUACAACAGACUUCAGCCGUCAACAAACCGAUCACUAAGCCAACAGCAACUGUCAAACCAAAUAUUAUCGCAAGCACUAAGAAACCAACUGCAUCUUCCACUAAUCCAAUGCUCAAACGAAUACCGAAAAAGACAACGCCAAUUGCAUCGAAAGUGCGCGUAUUGGAUAUCGAUCUCGACAAAGUUCCUAUCACUCCGUCAAUAAAACUCGAUGAUGAUGACGAUGACGAUGAUCUAACUACAAAACAGAUAACAAAAUCAACAUCAUUAAAACGCCCAGUAAAUGGUACACAUGAAACGCCUCAAAAGAAAGCUAAAGUAGUUCCCUUAACGAAACCAAACACUUUAACAGUGAAGAAAACACUUUCCAGUUCAAAUGGUAUUACGAAAACAGCAGUCAGCGACGAAGAUAACGAAUUAGCUCUCUUCGAUCAAGUAUUUUCAUCUUCGAAAAAAGUCGCACCUCCAACAUCCGUUCAACAACUCACAUCACGUUAUUCAGCAUCAGCGAACAACUCCAAUGAUAUAACUUCAACCGUCUCCACGAAUCAUACUCGUGCAGAGACAUCAAUGGACGGUCGUCGUAUUGCUCACAAACCCAAAAAUCAUCCGAAUCUAAGUAAUUCAUCUGCAACACCGACAUUGCACCCGUUAGUCGAUCCGAAUUCCAGCGUGAAUAAAAUUCCAUUCAAAACUCGACAAGAAUAUCUAACAUUCUUCUUCAAUGAACUGAAAAAACGAUCGACUGGUACGAAUGCGACAAGUGCAGCAGCAGCAGGAACAAUGAUUAUACGUGCUCAAACAAUCGAGAAAGAGAUUUUUGAUAAAUCGACGAGUAAAAAUUCGUACUUGAACUUAGCUGCCAAACACCUAAGACAACUACGAACAGAAGAAGGAACGAGUUCAACUAAACUGGAAUCUGCUACCUCAAAGAAACCGAAUCCUCAACGACUUGUCGUCUCGCAUUCCGCAAUGCUCACUGGUGGAAAAACAGAUAAUCUCGGUUUCGGUAUCAAAAAACAGAAAGAGGUCGAUAUGAAAACACUAACAGAUAACGAGCUCUAUACAUUUCUACUUGUGUACAAAGCGACGGAACAAGAUCUUACAGAUAAUGGCUAUCCGGCAUUCUCACUCGAUUUUCCAGAUAAAGUUUUAAUUAAGAAUAAAAAUCCGAUAUAUAGUUCAACAGUAAAACAUCAGUCAGCUGAUCCAAACACGCGGACUUGUUGCCGAUGUGGUAAAUUGUAUAAAAUUACGAAUGAGGGAGAAUAUGUCAAACAGGAUGAUUGUAUUUACCAUUGGGGACGGCUUCGAACACAACGAGUUGCUGGACAAAUCGAUAAAACCUAUUCAUGUUGUUCUUCGAAAACGAAUUCGGCUGGUUGUGCUGUUAGUCAAUAUCAUGUUCACGAUGCUGAUGAUACACAGCUAUUAUCAGGCUAUGUUAAAACUCAACCUCUUGGAAGGCAGCUGGCUCCUGAUGAAUCUUAUGGGAUUUUCGCACUUGAUUGUGAAAUGUGUUAUACAAUUAACGGUCUUGAGCUUGUUCGUGUGAGCGUUGUGAAUCAGAAACUACAAUCAGUGUACGAAACGUUAGUUAAACCACAUACUCGAGUACUUGAUUACAAUACGCGUUGGUCAGGCAUCAACGAGGCUCAGCUUCGCAGUUGUAACGUGACUAUAGAAGAUGUUCAACGACAUUUAUUGAAAUUAUUCAAUAAUAGAACGAUCCUAAUCGGUCAUUCGUUAGAAAGCGAUUUGAAAGCAUUGAAAAUUGUACAUGAGACAAUCGUUGAUACAUCGUUGGUUUUUCCACAUGCAAAAGGAAAACCGUUCAAGCGCGCUUUAAGAACGUUGAUGGCAGAGUAUUUAACAAAAAUUAUUCAAGAAAACGUCGAAGGACACGAUUCAGUGGAAGAUGCUAUCUCUUGUAUGGAACUGAUGUUAUGGAAAGUGAAACAAGAUCUCAAAACAGUCGCAUCUAAUCGUUAA